AUGGAGUUAGAGUUAAAAGGAGAUAGGAGGUUAAGCAAAGAAAUGUAUUAUAGAAUAGGAGAAGUACUAGUGGAAUUUAAAAGAGGGGGAAAAGAGAUCCCAAAACAUCGCCGUAGAAUAGCGAUGAAAAUCUAUUUAAUGUAUAAGGAUAAUAGAAAUUUUGAUGAUGGAAUAACAAUUAGAGAAAUAUAUCUUGCUAGGGUUAAAGAGCAAGAAUUAGAAACGUUAGCUAGAAGAAAUUGG